AUGCCCAUAUCCGUUGAGGAAGAUACAGUCAAAGCACAAAACUCUGAUGCCAGCGCAGAGGUAAUUUCAACACCAUUAGUGAGAAAGCCUUCUAGAAUAGUUUCAACGCCAAGUUGCACUGUAAGCAAGACGGUGCUGCAGAAGCUAGUAACCUGCAGACCCUGUCCUGAAGGUGAGGAUAAUUGUGCUAAUAUACAACUGUGCUUUCCCAACGAAGAAAAGUGUCCAAACAUUCAGAGAACAGUCAGAUCAUGCAGUUGCAUCCCUAAUCAAAAUGAGGCUUGCUUUACUCUACCUCUACCCAGAGAAGUUGCUAACUAUUAUAACCGAGCACACAUGAAAAACCGAACUUGCUAUCAUAAACCAUGUCCCAACCGACCACAAUGCCAAAACCCUUGUUGUGCCGCUCCGAAACCAAAAUUAACGAUGCGGACUUGUAUGAACCAAAGUUUUUAUGAAGAUUGCCGAACCCCACCACGAUGCACUCAAUCUCCAUGUCCUCCCCAAGCCUGUACCUGCCAACCGUGCAGAUAUUCUCAGAAUGAAUCUUGUCCAAGAGCCCAUCAAUGCAGUUCAACUCCAAAAUGUAAUUGUUCCAGACCAGCUCCAGUUCAAUGGGGUCCACCCUCUCAACGAUGUCCUCCAAAACCUAAAGGUUGUCCUCUGAAAACUCAGUAUUGUCCUCCGAAAACUCAAUGUUGGCCUCCUAAACCACAAUAUCGCUCACCAAAACCACAAGCCUGUAGCUGUAAUUGCAAAGCGCCUCCAGAUUGCUGUUCAUCAGGUCCAAAAUAUUGCGUAUGUGGAAGACGCAACCCAUGCAAUUGUAAAAUGUCAGAAAUUAAAGCUUUGUGUACUAUUUGUUGUAAAAGAUGUAAUAAGAGGGUAGGUAUAUCGUAUAUUGAAAGGAAAGUAAUACAAAAAUACAAACAUUUAACAAGUGUUUACGCAGCUGAAAAGAUUCAAGUAACUGCAGGAGCUUACCACACCAAUUGUUUCACCUGUUACUGUUGUAAGAAAUAUUUAGACGUUAAAACGCUUUAUGAAGGAUGCGGAGAAAUUUAUUGUAAACGUACAAUGCUACAACCAUUUCUUCAACAUUCAAUACUAUGGGUUUUGAAGAGUUUAACAAACUUGGAGAAAAUAAAUAAUUUAAGUUUGGAUGAACGAGAAUACUUGGCAUCACAGUCGCUCGCGCACACGUGGAAUUUGCUUAUUGGUGAAGCUAUCAUAAAUCGUCCCGUAGCACGUCAUGUCCAAUUUUCCUAG